AUGGACAGGACAGUACGUCGUAACAAAACAUCCAACAUCGGGUAUUUUUGGCCUGUUGCUUUUCUUCUCCCUGCAGCCUCUCGUCACAUUUUGGGGAAUGACGCGGGCAACGUGUACUCCAAUACAGUUUACAGCCUUGACUUGGCAAAGAGAGAUUCUGGUGCACCGGACAAGGCCAACAGCAACCAGUACGUCAUCAAUUUCUCCACGGCGGCAACGAAGAGCAAUACAGCAUGCCGCCGCUCACCCAAAGCCAACAAAGCUAGUAUGUACCAGCGUGUUCUCGGGUUAGCCUUAAAGAAAAGCGCUCGUUCUGACCACACGAGUGCUAGUACUAGUGAAAGUCUAUCAGCCGAGGCGAUACAUGAUGAUUCCCAUGACAAUUGUUCCCCGGUCAGUGUAGCGACUGUCACUAGCUGCAAUUAUAGCGAACAAACCACUGGCCGACCCAAACUUGUAACUGGAGACACUGAGGAGACUCCAUGCAGCCUCAGCGGUGACAGUAAGCACGACGCUGACAUCUACGGCAAUGAGAGUGGUGAUGACAGUGAUGUGGAUGGCAAUGUCAUCGACGCUGACAUCUACGGCAAUGAGAGUGGUGAUGGCAGUGAUGUGGAUGGCAAUGUCAUCGACGCUGACAUCUACGGCAAUGAGAGUGGUGAUGACCGUGAUGUGGAUGGCAAUGUCAUCGACGCUGACAUCUACGGCAAUGAGAGUGGUGAUGACAGUGAUGUGUAUGACACGUGCGUCAACGACAGCAGCGGUGCAGGUGCGAGUAAUACCAUUGGUGGAAACGGGAUUACAGAGAAUAUAUAUCAAUGUGGUGAAGUUGCAAGUUACAGCGACAACGUUGCAGAGAAUGUAUAUCAAUGUGGUGAAGUUGCAAGUUACAGCAACAACGUUGCAGAGAAUGUAUAUCAAUGUGGUGAAGUUGCAAGAGACAGCAACACCAUUACAGAGAAUGAAUAUAAGUGUUAUGAAGGUGCAAGUGAUCCCAUUGCUAGAAAUGCGAUUGCAGAGAAUGAAUAUCAAUAUUAUGGUGAAAUUACAAGUGGCAGCAAAGCAAUUGCAGAGAAUGAAUAUAAGUGUGAUGAAGGUGCAAGUGAUACCAUUGCUAGAAAUGUGACCACAGAGAAUGUAUAUUAUCAAUAUGGUGAAGUUGCAAGUGGCAGCAAUGCGGUUGCAGAGAAUGUAUAUCAGUGUGAUGAAGGUGCACGUGAUACCAUUGCUAGAAAUGUGACCACAGACAAUGUAUAUCAAUAUGGUGAAGUUGCAAGUGGCGGCAAUGCGGUUGCAGAGAAUGUAUAUCAGUGCAGUGGAGAUUCAAGUGACGCUGGUGUUAGAAAUACGUAUCGUAACUUCCCUAAAAGCAGCCCCAAUCGCAGUGGCGCUGUGCAGACUUCUCCUCCCGCUCGGCAGCAGGUCGAUAACAGCACUCGACAGCAUCAGACCGUGUCUAAACCUCAGUUACCUUCAAGUGCGCGGCCCUGUCUAGCAUUUCCGCCAGUGCAGCCCAAAUCUCCACAACCGGGUGUAUAA